GUGAACCGGCGGCGCACGAGUAGUUCACUUCUGUUCGGUGUGGUGUUGCGGUGAUUUUGAGGGGCCAGCUAAAGAGAGCAAGAGAGGGAGAGAGAGAGAGAGAGAGAGAGAGUAAAGCGCUCGCACACGCUCGUCAGAGGGUGGCGAGAGAAAAGCUUUCCCGCUAUUCCCUUCGAGAGACUAUCGCGACUCCGGGGAGCAAACACGUAUAAUACGGUUCCAUAACUGUACGGUAGACUCGCGGUGCCAAGUAACUAAUCGUCGAUCGUGCGUCGAGAGAGGACCACGUCGUCGCAUCGAGCCGUCAGGGUCGUCCGCCGUCGACGACCGUGCUGGAUAGGGUACGGAAGAAGAGUGCCGACAUGUCGGCGUUGAGCGCCGCGCUUUGUAGACGCGGGAUAAUCCUCUGGCUGGCCGCCGUCCUACUGCUGGCAUCACGAUCCACGCAUUCUGCGCCGGUAUACGAUCAGGAUACCACACAUGUCGCAGAGUACGAUGGAGCCGCUGCUGGAUGUUACUUCAACUUUCAGCGUUAUCAAGAAGGCGAUAGGAUCACUACGAGCGAACCAUGUCUGAAUUGCACGUGUCACAAUCGAAUGCUAAUGUGUUACCUGAAGGUCUGCCCGUUCACGAAAGCGAUCGGUCAGGAUUGCACGGUGGAGAAGCGUCCGGAUCAAUGCUGCCCCGUGAUCACCUGUCCGGAAGUGCCGGUCCAACUGUUAACGUCGACGACGAGCGCACCUACGGAUUCCACGGAGGUCGGUUUCCACGAUAAUUACGGGUGUCACGUCGACGAGAGAUUUUAUCCAGACGGCGCGAUGCUGCCGGUGGAGCAUCACAAUCCUUGCGAGCUUUGUUACUGCAUCCGAAAUAGAACCACAUGCGUCAUGCAAGAAUGUACUCUACAAGUGGCGGGAUGUAAACCGGUCUAUCAAGCAGGCGUCUGUUGUCCGAUCAAAUACAAUUGCGAAUAUGAUGAGGAACCUAGCACCACGGUUGGUCCAACUCCUGGGCUCAUCGUCACCACGACUCUACCUCCCGGCGCGUCGUCCCAAUGUUACCACGAGGAUAAAAUGUACGAAGACGGUGAUCUAAUUUACUCGAGUCAGCCUUGCGAGCAUUGCUAUUGUUUCCGAGGUGAGAUCGCUUGCGCGGUGCAAAAUUGCGGAACGCCGAUGCAAGAGCAUGGAAAGAAUUGCACGGCCUUACCACCACCAGAAGGAGAAUGCUGUCCGACCAUAUACGAGUGCGAGGAAGACGGACAAGGAACCACGGAAGAAGCUGAAGGACAAACACCGCAUGAUCUAUUGACGACCGAGUCACCCAUGCUGAUCGAUCAGGAAGAUCAGCAAGUGACAAGUGAACAGCCUCAGGAGGAAACAUUCCCAGGCGCCGACAAUGCUAUACCGGACGCUCACGAGGGAGAAGAAGAAGAGGGUGUUCAAGGAACUAUCGAACACAUUACUCAGGAACACAUUUCCUUUACCGAAACACCCGAAGAACAACCCGCAACACCACCGGCAGAAGAGAACGCUAUACCCGAGACGGAAACUACCGCUGUUGAAAAGGAGUCAAGUCCUUCUUCUGCUGAAGUGACACCGGAAGAAGCAGUAACUACGAAAGUACCCUCCGAAACAGAAGCAACGAAGACGGAAGCGCCUACGACGAUACAAAAAACUGAAGAAAGUUUAGCUACCGAAGCACCUGGCAUUGAAUUACCGGAAACUUCGUCUAUGAAAAGUUUACGACCGGAAGAAGAAGCGGCCACUACAGAACAUGUACCUGAAGAACGCGAAGAAAUAAAUACAGAAGAGACCGUAGUUGAAAAGGAACAACCGACUGAACCUGCCGUUAGCGAAGAAACGCAGACUGAAAGUGGAUUAGAAAAGGCUACUAGUCCACACGAAGGACUUCCAGAAGUAACUAAAGCAGAAGAAACAACGGAAGAAGGACAAAUUAGCGUAACGGAAACGCCAGAAACACCAGAAAUCUCGACCGAAAUUGUUGAAAAAGCAACAUUACCGGUCGUAGAAGCUGAAGAGCCUGGUAUUAGCACAGUUCCUGAAUCUAUUACCAAGAAAAUGAAGGAAAGCGAAGAUAAACUAGAGACCACGAGUGAAAUUUUAGCGACCGAGACGGAAGCACCGAUAAAAGAAACAACUGCAGCUAUAGCUGAGGCGUCCAGUACUGAAAAAAUUAUUACCGAAGAAGAAAUAUCUCAUCUGACAGAAGCCACUGUUACGGAAGAAGCUCAACCGACUGAAGCGACUAGUUUACCUACGAAACCACCUGCUGAAGAAGAACAACAACGGCCGGAAGAGCAGCCGACAUCCGAACACGCAGUAAUUGAAAAAGAGCAAACUGCUAAAAAGGAAGAUGCUGGUUUGACUGAGAGUCCAGUAACAGCCGAAGAACAUAUUACUACGGAAGAGCAACGUGCGGAGGAAUCAACUUCAAAAAUUCCAGCUCAAGGUCCAACCAGCAUACCGAUUCCUGAACGAAGUCCGGAACAGAAAGCGGAAGAUGAGAACGUAUAUCAUGUAACUGAAGAUUACCAUGACAUUACACGUCCAGAAAUGAGUCCUGACAAUCUCGUAACUGAACAUGCACAGGAAAUUUCUACAACAUACGCUCCGCAGGAACAAGAAACUACAUCAGUCUCAUCGGAAGAAAUUACAAAAUCAAUUGCGGAGGAAACUGAAAUACCAGAGGAAGAAAGUGCGAAACCGGAAGAAGCUACAGAAAUAAGUCAACCAAGCCAGCCUAAACCUGAAAUUACCACGAGCUCUGAAGAAACAAAAGUGGAAAGUACUCCUGCUGUUACCGAAACUCAAGCUAGUACGGAAUCUUCUGCAACUACUGUUUCUCCCAUACUAGGAGAAAAAGCAUCGGAGGAAACCGAAACUAAAGUACCGCAAACAGAAAUUCAGUCAACAGAAGAAACUCUCAAAGAAGAAUUGCCUACAAAGGAACCUAGCAUCGAAAGUUCUUCUGAACAAAUUAGUAGUGAGAAAGGAGUACAACCAAAGAAGGAACAGCCAAAAGAAGAAGAAAUAGAGACACAACCUCCGAUCAUAACGGAACCAGAAACAUCGAUCCCAGCUGAACAUUCAACGGUGCCUUCGAGUCUUGAAGAAGAGCAAACAACAAAAGGUGAACAUAUUACCGUAAUUCCUGAACAAUCGACUGUGUCACAAACCGAACAAAUAGAAACUGAAAUUACUCCUGUUGAAAAAGUCGAGGAACAUAUUACAGAACAAUCUGCUACUUCACCAAGUAUAACCGAAGAAGAAAAAGAAAUACAAACCGAAGAACCUAUCUUAAAAGAAACAGAAACCACGGUAAAGGUAGAAAAAGCCGAAGAAGAGCUUACAACACAAGCGCCUACUGAGCAGUAUUCAACGGAAAAGAUUUCAGAAGAAGCUGCUACUACAGAAAGUCAAACCGAGGCACCUGCGAUCGAGAAAAAGCCUGAGGAAGCAGAAGGUACAGAAAAAAUAUCAACAGAAGGUAUAGAACAACAAACUGAAACAAUAAUAGAAAAGGAACCUGAAGAAGUGAAACCAACGGAAGUUACAAGUAUCGAACAGACGGUACCCGCAGAACAUCCUAUUACAACAGAUAAAGCUGAAAAAGAAAUUGAAGAAAAAAUCUUUGUACCUGUAUCUACGGAGGAAGUGCAAACAGAAAUUCCUGUAGUCGAAACUGGAUCUACCGAACCAUCGGUCGCAGAGGAAACAGAGAAAGUACAGACUGAAUCUUCUGUUAGCGAGGAAUAUAUACCAAGUCAAUCUUCGAUUCCUUCAGAUCGCAAGGAGGAUCACGAAUCUGUUGAACCAAAACCAAGCGAAGAAGAACAGGGAGGUGAAGAACAAGUAACUAAGAAACCAUCUCUUGAAGAGGAAGAAGAGACUAAAAUACACGAAGAGCCACAGAAAACGACAGUCUCCGAAGAAGCUGUUACCGAAUCUAUUUCACCGGAAGAAAAACCGACUGAAGUUGCUGGCACAACGACACUCGCAGGCGAAGCCGUUACGCCACCAGUUAUAAAGGAACAACCUGAAGUAGUGAGCGAACAACCAGAAAAGAUUACAACAGAAUUAUCAGAAGAAGAACCAACCCAGGGACCAAUCACUGAACAACAGCCUGAAAUACAUGUAAGAAAAGAGACUGAAGCACCCAUUUCUGUAACUCCAAUCAGCGCAGGCGAAGAGGAGGCCAGUAAAUCGACCGAAGCUGCACCAAGCGAAGGAACUACGACACCUGGAUUUAUUGAAGAAUCGACGAAGCAUGAAGGUGAAACAGAAAUUAUACCCUCUACAGAAUCUAUAUCCUCGGAAGAGAAACAACCGGAGACACAUGAGCAGACUACACAAUCAUUGGUAACGGAAAAAGAAUUACCCCAGGAAGGAGGUGAAGAGCCUAUUGAAAUAUCCACGAAAGAGAGCGCAAUUCCAGAAACGCCUGAAGUGCCUAACGAGGAACAACCACAGAAGCCCGAAGAGAAAGAAAUUACAAGCACGGAGGCGCCGAUUCAUGAAGAAGAACAUGCAACAGAGACACCUGAGAUAAAAACUACUGAAAUACCACUGGAAAAUAUACCUCAGUAUUCGACCGAAACGAGCAUUCCUGAAGAAACUCUUCCAGAAAAAGAAAGUACACCGGAGAUCGCACCUCGUCCGUCAGGUAUUCCGGGAGAAGGUAAUUGUCUUGUCGAAGGACAAUCCUACAGCAAUAAUUCAGCUGUUCCGCCGGCGAAUACGUGUCAAACGAGUUGUCGUUGUAUCAGCAGUAUCGUACAAUGUGAACUUGUGGAGUGCGCCCCACCGGCUCAUUCAUCAAACUGCAUGCCCGUUUACACGAGCGGAGAUUCAUGCUGCCCAAUGUAUGUAUGUGAUUCAACACCCACUGUCGAACAGGAAUUGGAGUCCGACAGUCACGUAAUCGAGCCGCAUAUUCCUGAAGCAGAGGAAGGCGAAAAGACUUCUACGCCGGCAGAGAUAUCAACAGAAAAACCAGCGGCAGAGAUUACUGAAGCAGCGAAAGAAUAUAGUACAUUAGCUGGUGAAAUCACUACACCAGAAAUACGACCGGCGGAAGUCACUGUUCCCACUAUUUCGACGGAAGAAGAGGUAGAAUUAACAACUGAAAAGCAGCAGACAACUUUGAAAUCUAUCGAACCAGUUUACGAACAACCAACUACAAUUGCGCAAUCUAUUGAGGAGCAGCCUGAGGCUCAUGUUAGUUCCGUGCUUGAGACAUCACAGGAAUCUGCCAGUCAAGUACCCGAAGAAGGACAAUAUACUGAGUUACCAAAGGUGACAGAAAUUACCGAAGGCAAAAUUAGUGAAAAAGAAGGUGUAACAGAAUCAGCAGUUUCGACCGAGCAGGAGGAGAUUGAAAAACAGACUCCUGUUAGUGGCGAGGAACAAGUUGUCACUUCCACGCAUAUUUCUACGGAACAGGAACUUCAUGGCGAAGAGGCUACGACUCCUAACAAUAGAGAGAAGAAAGAAGAAGUUACAACCAUUCGUACUGAAAAGGAAGAAGAGACUACGUCCAUCAAAGAAAAACCGUCUGAGGAAGAAAGUAUCGAGGAACAAUCUACGCUUAAGUCAAUUGAAGAAGGCGAGGAACAACCUGAAGAAGAGAUAGUACCAAUAUCAACCGAAAAAUCAAUUGUUGAAGAAGAGUUACCAGCGAAACCGGAAAUUUCAGAGGAACAAAAGACUGAUAAACCAAUUGAGAGUACUUCCAUUCCUGAAAUCCAACCAACGACGGAGCAUAAACCCGAAAGUGAAACUAAAUCUGAAGAAGAAAAAGAACAUGAAAUAGUUACGUCGGCCGAAGGUGAACAAGCUACGCAGACAGAAAAACCAGAAAUUCAAACAAAAUUGCCUGAAAUUGCCCCGAGCGAAGCAGAGACACAGGAAUCGAUCGCACCUGCUGUCGAAUCGACGACUUUGAUACACGAUCAUACGGUCGAGGAAGCACCAUCAGAGGAACAAACAACUAUAAAAUCUAUAGAAGUUUCUACGGAAGAAAGCAAAGAAGAAAUAAAACCGGAGUCUUCAACUAAAGUUCCUGAAGAAGAAUAUGUUACGAUUCCUGUCUCUCCCGUUGAAGCAGAGAUACCCGGCGAAGUGACAACUGAACAGGAAUUAGAAAAAUCUACUCCUGAAGUUUCUCAAGAAGAAACAUCGCCGGAGACAAUGAAAGAAACUACAGACAUCCGAAGAACACCCGAACCAUCAGAACAUGAAGAACCAUCCGUCACAAAAUUACCGAAGAAAAAACCGUCUGAAACUGAAUCUCCGAUUAGCACGGAGCAACCAGUGAAAGCUAUCGAAGUUGAAGAAACAAGAGCAGAACAUGAGAAGCCCACUGAACCCAGUAUCAUUCACGAGCCGGAAGGUACGCAAAUUUAUGAAGAGCAGCCAGAAGCUGCGACUGAAACUGAAUCUCAUACACCCGAAUCUCCUGUCGAAGAACAUACAAUAGCCGAGGAAAUACCAACAACAUCUGUAUCUGUAGAAGAAGAAGCCAGCGAGCAGCCAAUUACAAAAGAAACUGAGCCAAGUCUAGAAGAAGUGGAAACUAAGCAACCUAUUAUUCCCGAAGCACCUGCUGUACAAGAAGAACACAUUCCAAUCGAAGAGCACACUACGAAACCUGAAGAGCAUCCUGUUGAGAAACAGACUAUUAUUCCUAGUGAAGGCGAACCAACGGAAAGUGGCAUUUCGACGGAAGAAGUCACGCCGGAAAGCGUAACAAGCCAACAGGAACAAAUAGGAACUGAAAAGACUGUAGAAAGUGCCAAACCAGAAACGGAAAUUCCUAGUUCAACGGAAGAACAAACUGUUAUUCCCGAAAUUCCCAAGGAGGAAGAGGAGCAGAAACCUGAAAUCGAAGUAACGAAAGAAACGGAUAAACAAGAACCGAUCACGGAAGAAAUUAUUAAAGAGGAAGCUGUAACAUCUGCAGGUACUACGGAGUAUCCUGUCGUGGAAGAGCAUACCGCGCCAGAAAUUGAAACAAAAAUUCAUGAACCAAUAGAAACAACAAUUGCGCCGAAAGAGCAGAAACCUGAAGAGGGAAUUACAAGCGAGCCGGAGCAUCCAUUGAGCGAAGAAGCGACGACCGAGCCAAGCUUGAUAUCUGAAGAACAUUCAACUGUACCGGUAGAAGAAGAAGAAAAAGAAACAAGCACUCAUAAACCGGAAUAUCAGACAACGUUAUCUACCGCAGAAGAAGAAGUAUCGAAACCGGCGACCGAAGUCAGUGAAGUGGAAAAACUGUCACCCGAAGAAGGAGCCGCUGUAACUGAAAGUGCAACGGAAAAACCGGAGGAAUUUAUUACCAAAGUUUCUGCCGAAGUAAGCACAACCGAAAAGUCUGCAGAAGUUCCAUCUGAAACAGAAAAAUCAAUACCAGAAGGGGAAACAGAAAAAUCAAUACCAGAAGGGGAAACAGAACCAUCUGAGCAGCAACAAGGUGAAACUACCACGCAAUUAAUUGAAGGUGCUGUAACUGAGGAGAAAUUACCAGAGGAAGCGGUUCCAGUGGAAGUUAUUCCAGAAGAGAAACCAAGCGAAGCUUCUGUACCAGAUGAAGAGGAAGCACAUUCUACCGAACCCAGUCUUCCAGUCGAAACGACUUCCAUUCAUGAAGAAGAACAGCCAACGAUAACGAAAUUACAGCCGACUGAAGAACCUCUUCCUUCCGAAGAAGAAACUGUUGCACCGGGAGAGGUUCAGCCUAGCGAGCCUGAAGAAGGCGAAGUGCAUCCAGGUAUAUCUGAAGAACCUCAAUAUUCUACUACGGAACAUGCGCCCGAAACAACGAUAAAAACAGAAGAGCAUCCGGAAACCGAACAACCAGAAAUCUCGGAAGCUACUCUGCCAACUGAAGGACCAAUCAAGGUAUCUGGCGUGCCAAUUGAAUUGCCGGAAGAAAAAACUACUAUCGGACCAACAUCAUCGGAAGAGGCCGAAGCUCAGGCUACGAUAAAACCUGAAGAAGGCGAACAACCGGCGGAAACACCGGUCGAGGAUCAUGUCACAAAGACACCGCCAGUAUCGACAGAAUUACCAGCCGGAGAAAUUACAGAAGGGAUUCCCGAAGAGGAAAUCGUUCAUCCUCAAGAGGGUGAAGAGAUUGGUCAUCCUCACUUUGAUCACUUCCCGGAGGCUACCGUGAAGCCAGACACCGACUAUUCCGCGGAGGGUGAAUUAACAUUGGGAUCCGACGAGGAACAUUUGCGACCGAUCAAUCAUACUGAAUCAUCAGAACAACCGUACGAACCUCCCUUCCACGAACAACAACCGGAGACUACUUCGGCGCCUCAUAUUCCGGAUUAUUCCGAUCAGUCCGUGUCGGGAGAGGAGAAUCCUCACUUCCCCGUGCAAGGCGGCAGUUAUUUGAAUCCCGACGAGGAUUACGACGAAGACGAACAGGUCUACGGACCGGGUACCUGCCGAUACGGAGGCAAAGUCUACGUCUCGGCGCAACAAAUACCUAGGGACGACCCGUGCGACUUCUGCUUCUGCUUCAGGAGUGACAUCAUUUGCUUGCAACAAAGCUGUCCGCCGCCUAUUCCGGGCUGCCAUGAGGAACCGAUCAGCGGUUUCUGCUGUCCUAGAUACGAAUGUCCUGUAUCGAUGGCCAUGUCUCUUAACUUGACCACCACCACUACCACAACUACGACCACGUUACCGCCGCUUUUUCACGCUCACGCUUAUAAGGGUGCCGCGAGACGAAGCGGCUGCCAGAUCCAAGGUCACGCGUAUCGAGUAGGAGAAGUCAUUAAGUCGGCGUCUGGACCUUGCCUUCAUUGCACCUGUGGAGGUGACGGUAACAUGAAAUGCGAUCCGCGAAUGUGCAGUCCGGAACCGAUGCUGAGGCAAAUGAUCGCUACGGCUGCGGCCAAGAGGAGAAGAUGAGCCGCCGAAUUGGAUCGUCUUUACAAAGAAUCAUAUACGAGGACGAGGAAGUCGACAGCGGGAUUCAGUGUUGUAUAAAAGUGAAAUUAAAAUUAUUCUAAACUACCUAAACGUCGUGCGGAACACAGACAAUAGUGUGCUUCGGCGAUCACGAACUGAGUGGCCAAAACGAGUAAACGUUUAUACUAAUAAUAUUAUAUUAUGUUAUAUAUAAAAAAGAGAGAAAGAGAGAGAAACAGCGAUGAACGAGAGAUGAAGGAGAGGUAAUUAAUAUUGAUCGGAGAUCUGCGUAGGGAAUUAACUGCGUAUCGAGGCGCGUUAUCGGUGCUAGUACGCGAACAUGGAAGGAGGAAACAAAGCGGCGCAGAUGUAGAGAAUAUAAGGGAAAGGAAAAAGAAUAAAUUUCGUUCGUGAUAAUUCCGCGUUCUGUCUCACGGGAUAUUUUGUACGGCCCGAAAGAAAGAAAGAAAGAAAGAGAGAAAAAAUUACUGAACGUACGAGACUUAUGACUGUGCCUUCGUCAAGUGUCGAAUAUCAGCGGCACUGCUUUCGUUUCGGCAACGAGCGCCGUCUGCAGCCACGGUCAUCGUCGUCGGUAUUUUAAAUAAGCCCUGAAGAAUCGCGAUCACGCGCGACUUCGUAGGUAGUGAGAGAAAAAAGAGAGAAAGAGGGAGAGAGGGAGAGAAAUGCGACGAAUGCGUUUUGUACGAUGCAUAAAACGAAAAAACAGAAAAGAAAAUUCAUUGCGUCAAUAAUCGAUCGCGCAGUGAUACUGAAACAGCGGAGGAGAAUCGUACGAAGAAUACCUCGAUUUAUAGAGAUCUUCUCUAGUUAGAAGUUUUUUAAACAUUUUUCUACGCAAACUACAUGUCCACGGUAUUUUUUUUACGAUGCUACGUUAGAAAUUGUGAAAAGGGAGGGAGAAAAAAAACAUGAUCGCGUAGUUUUACGGUUCUUACGGUAUCACUGCGACAAUCUUAGGCGACGACGAUAUGUCAUUAUUUGAUCGAGCGCGUUUUUUGAUCGUUUUUAUUCGGCUGCUAUUGUGUGUCCUAAUGAUCGGGUCACUUUAUUCAAGUUCGCUGACAUUCACGCGCACUCGAACACGAUCGAUAUUUUAAUAGAUCGGCACAGCCGAUCAUGCUUCCAGUACUCUUAAGCCACGAGGAUUCUAAAAUCCUAUAGUCGCGUUUUCCUCUCGAGGAAGAACUUCCGAUCGAGCCAUCUCUUUCUAUCUUUUUUUAAUCGCUCCAUCAAUCGUACACAGUGCCAACGAUCGUGUCCUAGUGCGCGCGCGGGUGUGUGCAUGUGCGUGUGUGUGCGUGGUGCGUAUAAUAUGUUAAAAGGAUGAAAGAGGUAGCCAGAGAGAAAGAGAGACGAAAGAUACACGCAUCUCAAAGCUCAAACUGCGGCUCGCGCGGAGGACCGAUCCGAGAAUUUGCUUCUCCGGCGAGCUGGCGUCAUUAUACAUAUAUAUAAAUAUAAAUAUAUAUAUAAAUAUAAAUAUAUAUACAUUUAUAUAUAAUUCUUUAUAUACACUGUACCCUCCUGAUGAUAAUACUUAACGAUAACAAUGUUCUAUACGUUUGUACGAAAGUAUAGUUAUCUAAGACUAGAUGAUAAAAUCGCUCGCGCACAGGUUCUUCAGUCUCAAAGUGUCGCGCCAGAAGAGAGGAAGCGAUGCACGAUCUUCGAGACCUUCCGGGAUCAUUUCCCAAGGUCAUUUAUUUAUCUUGAUAGCAAUUAUAUGCGACUCAUCGUUCAAGGGCGAGAGCUGUCGCUCAACGUCAUGCUUUGAGACUCUGGAACUCUGCGGGCUCUCUUUAGUAUGAUAAAUAGAUCGAAUGCUAUAUCGUGUCGCACAAAAUACUGCGCAUACUGUCUGUAUUUAUAAUAAUCGAACGAAGACGAGUCGAAGUUCAGUCUUCCUGAUAUCAGCGGCCCGUUAGUUCUAGUACUCGUUUAUUGAUAAUUAAGAGCUCAUAUCUGCCCGAGGGAACAGCUUCUCACGGAGAAUUAUCAUGAAAGCGCGUUUUCUCUUUUUUUGUUCACGUAAAAGAUCUCUCUCGACUUGAAUGACCAACGAAUAAUCGCGUAUUUGUAGAGCUUCCACGACAACACUCGAUCGUGAUAUAUAAAAUAGCCAUAUUAUUACUGUUACUGUUUUUUUUUCAGAUAUAGACAAAAACCAAUAUUCCACACACGUCAAUAAUAAAUGAUUAAUACACGUAUAUGUGA